AUGCAUCUUUCUGCGUAUCUAUCCUUCGCACUUUGUUCAACAACGCUCGCAGUAGUGUUCAAGACGCCCUUAGAUGUCACAUCUGGUGAAACCUUCACUUUGACAUGGACAGUUGAGGAUGGGGACCCAAGUUUUAUAAACGUGGCAAUCCAGAACGAUGAGAACCACACAUAUGAUGUGCCUGCAGUGCAUGUCCGCACUGCUGACGAAGAAACAUCAGUGUAUGUGCGGCCUUUCAGACCGGGACCUGGGUACUACAUAACGGCGUUGGAUUUUGAAGACCCUGUGGUUGUUGUUGGGAAGUCAGACACCUUUGAUAUCAACUAA